UCUUUACACCUCCCAAUUCCAAUCUCUACUUAUUUUUCUUUCUCUCUCUAGAAUUUGCCUACCCACAUCACUCUCUCUCUUCAUUUCUUGUUUAGAUUCUGGUGUCAGAGAUCGUACACUUAUAACUAAAAUUUUCCCUUUUGUUUUUCUGAUUUCUGAUCGGCAAUAGGUCCCCUUGUUUUGUGUCAGAUAACAAAAUCUCUCAUCUUCAACUGUCCUUUGUCUCUUCCAUUCAUCACCUAACCUAAUCUUUAAAACCCCAUCAACCAGAAACCCUAAUUUUCUAGAAAACUUCAUGAAUCGUCGUCAUCCCCACCGCUUUUCUUCAAACCCUAAUUCGUUAAAAUCUAGGUUUACCAAAAGAUUCAUCCGAUCUUUGCUAAAAAUCAACCGCCAAACACCAAAUGAUAUUCACAACAUCUCGAUCUCUCAAAGGUGGCGUAGGGUUCGAACUGCUGCGAAUAAAUCUCUUGCUUUCGCUGUCGGAACACGAAGAGCUUGGAGUAGGGCAAUGAUUUGCAAGAUUCAGAACCGAGCUCGGAACAGACGGCUGCUCGGACGACGUGUUUCGGUAAAGAGAAUCAAGAAUCAGUCGAAGAUAAAGAGAAAGAAGAUCGUCAAGAAUCAAGAAGGUGGUGGUUUUGAUCAAACGUGUAUGCUAAGAAAGCUCGUCCCGGGCGGUGAGGGUAUGGAGUUGUGCAGUUUGUUGGGUGAAGCUGCACAUUAUAUUAAGUGUCUUAAUACACAGGUACAGGUGAUGAAAAGUAUUGCUGAUUUAUAUUCUAAUUAAUAGAAAUAUUAAUUAUUUUAUGAAAUAUAGAACAAAUCAAAGACAAAAGAUGAAUAUUAUUACUAUGUAAGGUUUUAAAAAGAUAGAGAAAUCAUAUGGUGAGGUUUACAGUUGUGAACAAAUAAUUAAUAGGUAUUCUAUAUC